AUGCCUCCCCCAGUAUGGCAAAGAGAAGCUGUUACAGCACAAAUGAAAUAUUUAAAACGACAGAAAGACACAUUCUCUUCACUAAUGGAUCAAAUUAAUAGUGUAAACAUUAUUUUGCUUUAUAAUAAAAAAGUAUGUCUGCACUAACAAUAUAAAUAUUGUAUUAGGUCGCUGCCAAUUCCCAUUUGGCCAUUGGGUAUUGUAAAAUAGCCAGUGACAAUUAAUUAUUCAUUUAAUACAUGACGUUGAUUAUAAUAAAUUUCGUUUCAUUUUUAUGUUUCACAGUUAAUUUUUUCAUUAGCUUAUAAUUAAAAUUCAAAAUUAUUAAUUUAAAUGGAAUAUUUAGAUUCAAAACGAUAAAAAAUUAUUAUGUCUCAUACAUUAUUUUAUUAAUAUUAUCAACAUUUGUACCACUUGAUAAAAAAUGAGAUAGUCCUCAAAUUCUAUAAACAUUGUUUAAAAAAAAAAGUCUUAUUAAACUUGAAUUGAAGGUACCCAUUCUUAAAAAUAAAAUAUAUUAUAAAAUAUUUGCUACACUAAUAACACUAUAGCAUAAUAAUAACAAGUAGUUAGAUACACAAAUGUUACAUAUUAGGAUGUAUAUAUAGGCUACACUUUAAUUUAAUACAAUUUCUAAAUUUUUCUUGUUUGCUUAAACAAAAUAGAAAUUAUUGAGUUCCAAUACUCAUUUAAUUUUAAAGGUAAAAGAUUUGUGAACUCUCUUCCCCUUUCCCCUUUUGUAUGACAACUUUUUUUAAAAAAGCUACAGAAAGAUAAUACAAUGUAAUAUGAACUUAAACAUAAAUAAUAGUAUAUAUAAUAAUAAUUAUAUAUUAAAUUAUGAUAUUAUUCUCAUUUCAUUGAAAGACAUGUUUUGUUUAAGUAAUUUUUUUUAAAAACAUUCUAGGUGUUAAUUGAGGUGGAUGACUGGAUUAAAGGAGAAGGAAACUGUGGAACAAGCUACUUGGAGAUGUGUCAGAUGGUUGAAACAGUUUUUAAUGAUAUUUCAACAAAAUGUUUGGACAUUUCAAGUACAAUUAUUUCUACAUUUAUGAGUAAUUGUCAUUUGAUAUAAACAAUUUCAAAAUAAAAAUCGCCAACUCCAUCAUUUAAAAAAAAUGGAAAAUAAUUAAAUUCUAUUGCCAUUAGUUUUUAUUAAUGUUACUUUUAAAAUAAAUAUAAAAAUACAUAUAGGGGCCUAAAGUUAUUUGAUUUAUAACAGUAGGUUGAAUUUGUAAACUUAUAAUAAAUGUCUAUGUAGAUUGAUAAAAAAUAUUAUUUAUAAAACAUAUUAAUAAAUUAUCUGUAGCAAAUAGAAUUAGAAUUAAAUAUUUCAAUUUAAUUUGCAUAAACUGAUUGAAUCCAUAGAGAAUCAUACUGAAGAAGUAGCACCAAACAAGAAUGUUUUAGAGAAGAUGUGUGGCAAUUUUCAAGUCUUAACAGUGAAUGAGGAAUCUGUAACAAAAAAAGCUAAUAUCCUUAACAAUGAGGAUGAAAACAAAUUGUCAGGUAUAUCCGUGUAUACAGCAAGUUUCAAUGUGUCAAUAAUUAAAAUAUUUUAGUUCAUGAAAUAUAAAUGCGGAUAAUCAUCAUUAUAAAAGUAUAAAUUAAUUUUUUUUUUUUUUUUACUAUAACAAUAUAUACAUACAUUUCUAUCAACAAGACCAUUAACUAUUUAUGAUAUUCAUUCUUUAGAAAAUAACAUGAAACAGAGCACACAGAAAAAACUGGAUUUAAUGGAGCAAGCCAUUGUAUCACUAAAAAAUGAAAUGCACAUUUUGUCAGACCAACAACAAGAAGCAGUCAAAGCUAUGCAGGACAAUACAACAAAAGUUAUGACUCGCUGCGAAGCAAUAGAUACAAUUUCCUUAUUGCAUGCCAAAGAUAAAGAAGCAUUAGAAAAUCAACAGCAAAUAUAUGAGCAAGAUAUUAAAAGCCUCAAAAAUGAAAACAGUUUAAAAAUAGAUUCUUUUUUGAGUGAAUUGUUAGCUGCCAGUGAUUUUAUGUCAGCUAUGCAAAGUCAGAUAGAUUUUCUUGCUAAAAAAGUUGAUGACGCCUUUUCAGAAAUUAAAUCUAGUCUAACUUUACCAUUAAAAGAUGAAUUGAAAAUAAUUUUAGCUCAAUUAGAAGAAUCAAAAUCCUCUUCUCUAAAACAAAAUAAUCAGACGAAUGUCAAUUAUGAAAAUAUGAUACAGAGAAUUUCAAGUAUUGAAGAAAAUGUAAGUUUAGAAACUUAAUUUUUACAAUGUGGAAUUAAUCUAAAAGAUUCAUUUAAAAUAGUUCAAGGAAGAUUGAUUAAAAGAGAAAAUUUACUAAACAGAAAAAUCCACAGAUUUAAAAAAGGAAAUAUUCUGCAAACAUUCUAUAAGAAAAUUAAUUUUAUUUUCAACUAAAAUAUUAUUUUUUAGAGUAUUUUAGAUCUCUAGGUAUAUAGAAAUUAGAGCAGGCCUAUAUAUUUUUUUUUCCAUUUCUUUGUCUUUAGUAUGCAAUGGUUUGCCAGUUACUCUCCAGAAGAUUGACAUCCCUUGAGCAUCUCAGAGACACAUUUAAUCAGAAUUUAUUAGCACGUGAGGAAAAAGAAGAGCAAGUAAAAAAAAAUAUUUUUGUUAUUUUUAUUAUUAAAUUCUGGGCCCAUCAAGCUUUUGUUAGUGAUCAGAAUCUUGUCAUAUUUUGGGGAAAAGGACUUCUCAUCAAACAGGCCCACCAUUCUCUUGUUACAAAAAGAAGAUGUAUUUGUAACAUUGAGUUACUUAAAAGAAUAUUUUUAUUCGAUCUCUUUACACUUUUCUAUUUAUAUUUUUGAGACAAGUUAAAGGGAGCAAUAUGUUAGUCAUAUUAAAAAUAUUUUACCUGUUACUGCAUUUUUUAGGACAUGUAUUUGUUCCAAAUGAUGAAAUAAAUGUAUUUUGUAAUGAUUUCAUUGAUUUGUAUUUUUAGAAUUCGAAUUAAUCUUUGAUAAAUUAGUUAAUUUUUUGCUUUAGCCUGUGUACCUAGAAUCCCUGCUUGCCUUUGAAAUUUCAUCUUUUUUUGUAACAAUAAAAAUCAUAUAAAUAUUUUCUUUUUUGUUUUCAGUGGGAAGAGUUUAGCUAUCAAGUUUCAGAAAUUAAAGAAGAGCUUUCAUAUCUAAGUAAGAUAAUUUGAAAGAUAUUUUAUCCUAAUUAAAAAUGUCACUCUCAACAUUUUAACUUCUUAUUAUUAACUUUUUUAUGGCUAGAUUCCUCAAAUUUAUUUUUUAAUGCAGUUGAUUAUUAGAUUGUAUAUUACUUUCGUUGGCCAACCACAUUUAAACAAAGAAAUAGGAAUGCUUUUCAAAAAUAAACUUAAUAGAAAAUAUUUGGUUUAAAGUUUGAAUUUGCAUGUAUAUAUAUAUAUAUAUAUAUAUUUAAAUAUAUAUGUAUAUAAAUUUAUAAAUACAUAUUUACAUAUAUACAUAGAUAAAUAAAAAAUUCAACAUAAGAAUACAGUAUUUACAAAAGCUAUAUAGAACAAAUUCAAGCAAUCAAAUCCUUGAAAUGAACUAAAUAUCAAAAACCACACAAUUAACUAUCAAAACAAUAAUAAUCAAGUAAACAAGAACAAGUUCAAAACAUUAAAAAAGCUUUAAUUGUAUUUUUAUCUCAAGAGAAUGAAAUAAUAAAAUUGGCAAUUGGUCUAUUAUUUUCUAAAUUACACUUCAACCUAAAUUUGUUUCUUCUUUUUUUUAAAUAUUGCAUUCAAUUUUUUUUUAAUGGCAAGUAUUUCUUUGUGACAAAAAAAUGUUGCAUAUGAAAAAUAGUAAAUAAUGUUAUUUAAAAAAAUAAAAUCGUACACAUAAAAUAAAAGAAUAAUAUAAUUAGACAACUUUUUUUGAAAUAUUGUUAUUAUUUAAACAAAUUAUUUGAACUAUUUUUAAUAUUGGAAAUAACUGGACAUAUUUUAAUAGUAAAUUAGUUAUAUAAUUAACAUUUUAUUUCAGGUUGUCCUACAGUAGGAGUAAAAGAAGAUGUAGGUUUUAAUGCGCGACUGCCUGUCGACUUUUCAAAAGGAAAAAAUAUAAUUAAUUUUACAGAUGUUAGACUAAACUUUGGUGACCAUUUUGAACCAAGCAAGGGCAUAUUCACUUCGCCUAGUGACGGGCUUUACCUGAUAUACCUAUGUAUUGGCAAUUUAUUUGGUAAAAUUAUGUUUAUGCUUGUAAAGCAAGAAAAUGGCAGUAAAAAUUUUGAUGUCAUAUUUCAAGAUACUGUUGAUAGUGACAAAAACGUGUGCCUAAUCACUGUGGAAAAAUUGAAAAAAAAAGAGCAAUU